AUGACAGUUAGUGAUGAAAACGAAAACACCGAAAACAAUGAAAAAAUAAAAAGCGCCUGUACAGAAUUUGAUCGCAAUAAAACAAAACCUUUACAUGAAACCAAAAGGAAUAUAUUUUCGUUAAAGUUAUUUGAGGUUUUGCCCUCGAAAUCUGAAUUAAAACAAUACUCUGGCGUAAUUUUAUGCGGGGUUACGCUGUGGGGCGCAUCAUGGUUUAUAUUUCAAGACGCAGUUUUACCAGGAGCUGCUAUAUUUAAUAUGGCUGGUAUAGUUACAGUGGCAUAUAUAUUUGGACAUACUCUGGAGAGAUAUACGACAAUCAGUGCCAUGGCAGGAAUGACCCUUGUAGGAGUUUUAUAUAGAAACUUUGGCCAAUCAGAUUUGUUAGAAAGUCCAAUUGCAGAUGCGAUAGAUUAUCAUUUAAGGCGAGUUUAUCCAGUUAUUAUCCUGACAAAAGGGCCACUUGGAUGGAACUGGCCAUAUAUAAAAAAUAACUCUGUGAAAGUUUUCCUAUUGGCAACCCUGCCUUGGAUAGUCGAGUGUUUAUCGACGGCUUUCUUUACUCACGUACUUCUUGAAUAUCCUUGGUACUGGGGUUUACACCUCGGAGCUAUUUUGUCGUCCGUGUCUCCUGCUGUAGUAGUUCCUACUGUAAUGGCAUUUAGUGCAAAAGGAUUUGGCAAUAAAAAUAAGAUUGCUUUGCUAGUUGCUAACGCCGGCGGCUUGGAUACAGCAUUUACGGAAGGCAUGUUCGGUGUAAUCAAUAGUGCAAUAUUUUAUCCAAGCCCUCCAACGUACAGAAUCAUAAAGGCAUGUUUAGCAAUUUUCUUUGGUAUCGGCUUAGGCGUUGCUUGGGGUAUUCUUUCUGACAUUUUACCAGAUCAAAAGGACCCUUAUGCUGCAACUGUACGCAGUAUACUCAUUUUUACCGGAGGUUUUCUACUUUCUUAUGCCGCAGGGUUUCUUGGAUGGGGCGGAACUUCUGGCGUAGCAGUGAUGGUGUGCGCGGCUACUGCUGCGACGCGCUGGUCGAAGCGCGACUGGCCUAUAAAUAACAACCCAGUUGCUACGGUAUACAAUGUGUUAUGGCUGAUCUUCGAACCAAUGCUUUUCACCCUAAGUGGAUAUUACCUGGAGGUAUCUCAAAUAACUCUAAAAGAGUUUGGCUUGAUAGUGGCAUGCAUUGUUUUGGCACUGUUGCUACGGCUUAUAACUGCAUUUUUAGUAGCUCUGGCGAAUAGACUGACAGUGAAAGAAAGCUUGUUCAUUGCUGUCACUUGGAUUCCCAAAGCCAUUGUGGAGGCAGUGCUAGUACGAGUGGCUACUGACUCUUUAUGGAAGGAAGGCGUUUCAGUGCAAGAUAAGAAAAUAGCAACACAGCAAGCGAAUAUAAUCGUUAUAGCCAUAUUAUUUAUGACUACAUUAGGUUCAGGGCUUACAACAAUCUUAGGACCAAUUUUAUUGUCACAAGAAUCCAAAAUAAGAGAUAGCGAGUUUCAUCGAACAUCGAGUAUAUCGCCCACUCAACCAUAUGAUAUAACCAGGCGGAAAAAUACAACAACUUCAGUUCAUUUCAUUGACUCUCUAUAA